AGUGAAAAGUGUUCCAACCAAAAUUGUCAAGGAUGGAGGAUGCCAGUUGGAGAAGUUGGUGGCGUUUUUGGGCCUGUGGCUCCAAGUCGCAAAACAGCGUAUUUCGCAGUGAAAAAAUGUCCUUGGUGCAGAUGUUCCUGCAACCAGAGGCGGCGUACGAUACCAUUGCCCAGUUGGGAGAAGUUGGAUGCGUAGAAUUUCGGGAUAUGAAUGUGAACAUUAAUGCCCAGCAACGUAAAUUCAUUGGUGAGGUUCGUCGUUGCGAUGAGCUGGAGCGUAAGAUACGUUAUGUAACCAUGGAGUUGGAAAAGGAUGGACACAAAGUGCUCGACUUAAUCGACGAUUUUCCUGCAGCCCCCAAGCCCAAGGAGAUUAUCGAGCUGGAGUCCCAUUUGGAGAAGACCGAAACAGAAAUCAUGGAGUUGGCUGUGAACAAUGUGAAUCUGCAGACCAAUUACCUAGAGCUGACCGAGAUGAUUGAAGUGCUGGAAAAAACGGAUCAGUUCUUCUCGGAACAGGAGUCGCACAAUUUCGAUUUGAAUAAGCAUGGCACCCACAAGGAUCCAGAGCAAUGUAAUGGCCAAUUGGGUUUUGUGGCCGGAGUUAUCAGUCGUGAGAGGGAAUUCGCAUUCGAGCGAAUGCUUUGGCGCAUCUCUCGUGGCAAUGUGCUAGUGCGUCGAGCCGAAGUGGAGACACCUCUAAAGGAUCCAAAGACCGGCAAUGUCCUGCAUAAGAGCAUCUUUGUCGUAUUCUUUCAGGGUGAUCAGUUGCAAGGACGCAUACGUAAGGUGUGCCACGGCUUUCACGCCCACAUGUAUCCUUGCCCCAGUUCGCAUGAAGAGCGCAAGGAAAUGGUGAAGGGAGUCAGGACACGUUUAGAUGAUCUGAAGAAGAUCAUUAGCCAGACAGAGGAUCAUCGCAUUUGUGUGCUGCAGGCGGUUUUGAAAAAGUUGCCCACCUGGUCGGCUAUGGUGAAGAAAAUGAAGGCCAUUUACCAUGUCCUCAACUUGUUCAAUGUGGAUCUGGGCAGCAAAUGUCUAAUUGGCGAGGCUUGGGUACCCAAACGCGAUUUAGAGCUUGUUGAGGUGGCCCUGGCCGAGGGAUCAGCCGCUGUUGGCAGCACCAUACCGUCGUUUAUCAAUGUCCUGGAAACAAAGAAGGAGCCACCCACAUAUUUCCGUACCAAUAAGUUCACUCGUGGUUUCCAGAAUCUAAUCGAUGCCUACGGCAUUGCCAACUAUCGCGAGGUUAAUCCUGGUCUCUACACUUGCAUUACGUUCCCAUUCCUGUUUGCUGUCAUGUUUGGCGAUAUGGGUCACGGUUUCAUACUCUUCCUGUUGGGCUUCUGGAUGGUUAUCGAUGAGAAACGUCUUAGCAAACGUCGUGGUGGUGAAAUCUGGAAUAUAUUCUUCUCUGGCCGUUACAUCAUUAUGCUUAUGGGAAUCUUUGCCGUCUACACGGGCUUCCAUUACAACGAUUGUUUCUCCAAGUCAUUCAAUGUCUUUGGCAGCCAUUGGCGAAUACAGUAUAAUCGGACCACUGUGCUAACCAAUCCUGAUCUUACACUAAAUCCCUCAACCGACACACGAGGCGUCUAUCCGAUGGGCAUUGAUCCCAUCUGGCAGUCGGCGACCAACAAAAUCAUUUUCCUCAACACCUACAAAAUGAAAUUGUCCAUAGUGUUUGGCGUCUUGCAUAUGGUCUUUGGUGUGUGUCUUUCUGUGGAGAACUUUGUGUAUUUCAAGAAAUACGCGUACAUCUUUUUGCAAUUUGUGCCCCAGGUUCUGUUCCUGUUGCUCAUGUUCGGCUACAUGUGCUUCAUGAUGUUCUACAAAUGGGUGAAAUAUAGUGCCAUGUCGGAUAAUCUGGCUGAUACACCUGGUUGUGCACCUUCUGUACUCAUUAUGUUCAUCGAUAUGGUUCUGUUCAAGUCGGAAACAGUUUCAGCUGGUUGCGAUGCCACCAUGUACAAUGGCCAAAAGGAGUUGGAAACGAUAUUCCUAGUUUUGGCCUUGAUUUGCAUUCCAUGGAUUUUGUUGGGCAAACCCCUGUACAUUAAGUUCCAGCGUCGUAAUAAGCCUGUACAACCAUCAGUGGAAAUUGAUGAGGUCAUAGAGAAAAUUGAGGUUACUGGUAAAGAAGUUAUCAUCACAGAGGUGGCCGAGGGUCAUGACAAUGGCGGACAUAGCGAAGAAGAUGAUGAGCCGAUGAGUGAAAUCUGGAUACACCAGGCUAUACACACCAUUGAGUAUAUAUUGAGUACAAUUUCCCAUACAGCUUCCUAUCUACGUCUCUGGGCUUUGUCUUUGGCCCAUGCUCAGCUUUCCGAAGUGCUGUGGACUAUGGUGUUGUCGAUGGGUCUGCAAAUGAGUGGCUAUACUGGAGCAAUUGGCCUGUUCUUCAUAUUCGCCGUUUGGGAAUUCUUCACAAUUGCCAUUAUGGUGAUGAUGGAAGGUUUAUCUGCUUUCCUGCAUACCUUGCGUUUGCAUUGGGUCGAGUUUAUGAGCAAAUUUUACACUGGCGCCGGCCAUCAGUUCCAGCCAUUCAGUUUCAAAGUGUUAUUGACCGUGGUCGAUGAGGAUUAGGGCAGUCCCCAACAAUCCAUUAAUAAAUGCAGCAUACUACAAUUUGA